AUGCCACGUUUGCCGCACUUGGGUGCGCUGUGUCUGCUGCUGCGCCUGUGGCAAGUACUUGGCCUGGCGCCUCUCAAAUUCAGCAGUGGGCGUGGCGCCCACUGCAGCCGCCUAGUUACAACCAGUGCGGCAUUGCAUUGGCUGGGCCUGUUGGCCAUGUCACCGCUGUUGCUGCGCCAGAGUGUGGCCAUCUACGAGACGACAAAUGUGCAGCAUUCGCAGCUUUUCAGGCACAUCGCACUGGCCACCAUGGCUGGCGAUGUAGGCAUCUCGCUGGCCAUUCUCGGCGCUCACAUCUGGCAGCGACGCCGGCUGGCGAAGCUGCUGAGCGGACUGGAGCGACUGCAUCGCCGGGUCCAAUUGAGUUGGGGAGCAACGGUGCUGCUGUGGGGCAAGCUGCUAAUCUCGCUGUACGAGCUGCUCUGCAAUGUGCCCUUCCUGCUGCAGAAUGCCGCCAAGCUGCCCUGGCUGCAGUUGCUCGCCUACAGCGUUCAACUCUAUGUACAACAUGUGAGCAGCGUGUUUGGCAACGGUGUCUUUGGUGGCCUGCUAUUGAUCCUGGCCAGCAUUCAGCAACUGGAGCUGCAGUGGGAACAGCUGGACAGCGAUAAAUCGCAGCAGGAGCGUUUGUUGCGACGCGAGCGUCGUUUGUUGCAGGUGUGCCUGAAUUUCAUUGGCGUCUUUCAGCUGGGCAUCUUUCUGCUGGUAAUUGGCAACUUCAUUAACAUACUGGCCAACAUGUACGCCUACAUGUCAUACUUUGUGCAGCAGCACGGCAUCCCGCUGACCAUCUCCAACUACUGUGUGAUUGUCGCCAUUCAGCUGUACGCCAUCGUUCUGGCCACUCAUCUCUGCCAGGUGCGACACACUCGAUUGCGUCGCCGUUGCCUCCAACUCUGCUAUGUGCCACCGCAAAUGACCAACGAACAGGCCAUGCUGCCCACCCCGCUGGUGUUGUGGCCCUUGGAUAGUCUGGAGUUCUCCGUUUUGGGCCUGUUCACGUUGGACAACGCCUUUUGGCUGUUUCUCGUCUCGUAUGCGGUGAAUUUCAUUGUCAUCAUUUUGCAGUUUACUGUGACCCAUAUGAAACAUGGAAAAGCUUUUUAAGUGCGGUUUGUGCCUUUGCUUAGCGAUGACACUAACCAUACGCUGCGAGC